AUGGCUAGAUCACGUGCAUCCAUCCUUCAUCGUUCCGGCGUGGUGAGAAGCAGGAAUGUCAACCAUGUAUUCAAAAAAAAAAGGAAAGAAAGAAAAGAAAAGAAAGGUACAGUGCAUCAGAUCCUUGGUCCACUACGGUCGAUACUUUGGAAUCUUGGCACGUAG